AUGCUCGGUCAUGCAGACUUUCCGUUCUCUCCUUCUGUAGAUCAUGCAGAGAUCGGGUUGGACGAUUGUUUACAGCAAUAUAUCAAAAACUUUGAGAGGGAGAAGAUCAGCGGGGAGCAACUGCUGCACAUCACCCACCAGGAGCUGGAGGAGCUGGGCGUCACCCGCAUCGGGCACCAGGAGCUCAUUCUGGAGGCGGUGGACCUGCUCUGCGCCCUGAAUUACGGCCUGGAGACAGAGAACCUGCGGACGCUCUCUCACAAACUCAAUGCAUCAGCCAAAAAUCUGCAGAACUUCAUAAUGGGUAGAAGGCGGAGCGGACAUUACGAUGGGAGGGCCUCCCGGCGACUGCCCAACGACUUCCUCACCUCCGUAGUGGAUCUGAUCGGUGCUGCCAAGAACCUGUUAGCCUGGCUGGACAGGUCCCCGUUCGUCAGUGUGACGGAAUAUUCACUGCUGAAAAAUAACAUUGUCCAACUGUGCCUGGAGCUCACCACCAUCGUGCAGCAGAAAGACAGCUGGAUUGUGCUGCUGCUGCUGCUGCUGCUGCUGGACAGUUGGUAA